UAAAUCAUAUGUGAAUUCGAUCGGGAUGGAAUCAAAACCACCGCUCCGGCCAGCCUUCACCACCUAAAAGAAUGGCAUAUCCGUGAAUAUUGGCCAAAGACAGGGUCAUUUCCAGAAGUAGCUAGAUUACAAAACAAAAAUGGCUAUUUAUAAGAAAUGAGUAUUGCUCGUAGUUGGUAUUCUUAUGAUUUCAGGAGAUAAACAGAAAGAUGACGACAUUUUCUUAUUCUAACUCUUCUUCUAUAGAAACAAGCUGAAAAGUUAUAGAGUCUUUGACAAAAGCUGUAAGCAGAAGCUGAGAGGUUAGGCGGGGUUUGGCAAAAAUGAACAGCAACGAUCAAAAUAGGGGAGCUGACGAAAGUGAUCAUAUUAGAAAGCAUCAUACACACGAUGUAGCUGAUCAUCAGUGUAGUUCUGUUCUCACCAAGCACAUCAGAGCUCCUGUUCCUCUCGUAUGGUCUUUGGUGAGGAGGUUUGAUCAACCGCAGAAAUAUAAGCCAUUUAUCCGCAGGUGCAUCGCAGAGGGAAACCUUCAGAUCGGAAGUCUCCGAGAAGUCAAUGUUAAGACCGGUCUUCCGGCCACCACAAGUACCGAAAGACUAGAACUUCUCGAUGAUGAAGAGCAUGUUCUCAGAGUCAGGAUCAUCGGCGGGGAUCAUAGACUCAGGAACUACACUUCGGUCAAUUCCCUUCAUCCAAAGAUUGUCGAGGGAAGGCCAGGGACGUUGGUUCUUGAGUCUUUCGUAGUGGAUGUGCCUGAAGGGAAUACUAAGGACGAUACAUGCUACUUCGUUGAAGCUUUAAUCAAGCUCAAUCUGAAAUCGCUUGCUGAAGUCUGUGAGGAUCUUGCAGUGCAGGGUAGGACCGAACCUAUCGAUAGGAUGUAAGAGUAGAGAUAGGAAUGCUGUUGAGGAACGCAACGCUUGCCGAGGAUGACACUUUUAAGGCUUUCACAUCUCGGUCGGAGGCUUUCAAGACGGACUGGCAUUAGUACUUGUUUAAUCAUCCAUAUGCACACAUUUUCCUUCUGUUAUGUUGUGUCUUUAUUUGUUAAUACACGUUCAGUGUCUUUAAGUAGGUCAAGAACCACAGCUCUUGUAAAAGGUCAUCGUUUGCUCUGUAUUUUUGAGUGUUUUGUUGGUGCUCUUAUCUCUGUGUACAAAGCGUACUGGAAAGAGUUAGUUCCUGUAAAUUUUGGUUUCGUGCAUUAGUUCCUAGCACAGUAGUAGCAAUAUAGGAUAGCUGUCCUGUGUUUGUAGCCAAA